GAGAGAGAGAGAGACACAGCUGAGCUGAAUGCAGAAGCAGCACAUUGUGGUUUUGCUCAUAACUAGAGUUGUUUGUCUCCGGGUGCCACUCUGCCACUGAGCGCUCAGCGGACGCAUCCUCAGCGCUGGCUGUCACUGCCGCUGUCUCCGCGCUGGCAUACAACGUCUCUGUCUCCGCGCUGACCAAUAACGACUCUGAAGCGAUGGCUGUCACUGCCGCUGUAUCCGCGCUGACCAAUAACGACUCUGAAGCGAUGACUGUCUACACCACGGCCUUUGCGCUGCCGUUAGAUUACUCUGACGACUACGGCUCCGGCGACUACUACCUGACCCUGAUGCCGCCGGACGACUCUGGCGAGUGGCUGGACCGGGCGGUGUCCGUGCUCUACUUCCUGGUGUUUCUGGUGGGUUUCCUGGGCAACGUGUUUGUGCUGGCGGUGCUGGGGUGGUCGAGGGGAGCGGGGGGGCGUCUCGUGGACACCUUCGUCCGGCACCUGGCGGUGGCCGACCUGGUGUUUGUGGCGACGCUGCCGCUGUGGGCGGUCUCGGCGUCCGUGCAGUACCGCUGGGACUUCGGCGAGCCGCUGUGCCAGCUGAGCAGCUUCGUGGUGGCCGUUAACCGCUUCUCCAACGUGGCGUUUCUGGCCUGCAUGAGCGCUGACCGCUACCUGGCGGUGGUGAGGCGGCUGGACUCGCGGCUGCUGCGCAGCAACGGCUGCGUGCGCUUUACGUGCGCGCUCGUCUGGACGCUGGCGCUGGCCCUAGGGGCGCCCGCACUCUUCUUCCGCCGCCUGGACGCACGGGGCCUCUGUGUGGACCCGGAGCACUCGAGUGCGUUCCAGGCGUACAGCCUGCUGAUGGUGCUGCUGGCCUUCGCGCUGCCCGUCGGGGUCAUCGUGCUGUGCUACAGCGCCAUCUGCCUGCACCUGCAGCGCCACUGCGCGCUGACCGCCCACCCCCGUGCCCAGGCCCGCCGACGCCACACGCUGAAGAUCGUCCUGGCCAUCGUCACGGCCUUCGUGGCGUCCUGGCUGCCCUUCAGCGUGUGCCGGGCGCUGCUGGCGGUGGUCAGGUUGACGGGGGCAGAGAUGGACGCUGUGCGGCAGGCCGAUCUGGGCCGGGCAAUGCUGCUCUCGUCCUGCCUGGCGUUCGUCAACAGCUGCGCCAACCCGGCCAUCUACCUGCUGCUGGACCGCCACUUCAGACGCCGCGCCGCACGCCUCGUCUGCGGUCGCCAUGGCAACAGCCACGCCCACGACUCGCUCUCAUCACCCACCGGGGAGAGCCUCUCCGGCUCCACACACACACGCAGCCGCCUGACCUCCCUAAACCUGAAGACCUGAGAGGACAACACACACACGCGCACACACACACGCACGCAAACAAACCCAACACUCACACAGCCCUCUGCCUGAAACAAGGAACUCACACAUUUACUACAGAGAUGAGUGGUGAUCACACAAAGGAACUACACACACACACACACACACACAAAGAACUCAGAAUUACACACUGUAGUCCUGGAUUGUAGUUUCCCACGGCAUUACUGUGUUACACACACACACAAACACACACGGCAUUACUGUGCUACACACACAAACACAGCAGCAUUACUGGGCUACACACACACCGGCAUUAGAAAAGAUACCCUGCAAGGUAACGCUUCAAAGACAUACACACACGCACACACACACACACAGAAACCUCAAAAAAGAGCAGAAUUUUACACAGCAAGUUAACGCUUCAAACACACACACACACACACACACAGAAAACU